GACUCGCGCGUAAUUUCUUUUGCAGAACAACACCAAAAAAUGUUCGCGUCGCGCGAAUGCAAUCGGUCGUGUUAAUUGUGCUGAGCAACACUCAGUCUUCCUUUCCUUCUCCCUCCUCUGCAUUCACUUACCUACCAUCUUUCAUUCGACGCAUACAUCCACUCAAAACACAUCAAAUCUCCUCCUCAUCAUCAUCACAUAAUUGCCCAACAUGUCUCAAUUGACGCAGGGUGGCAUUCGUAGAAUGGUGGAAAGUGGCGGCUCCAGUAACAAUGGCGAACAACCAAUCUGUCAAAUCUUGACUGUUAAGAAGAUCGCCAACAAUUCUGGUACAGGCGCUGAUCGUUAUCGUGUUAUCCUAAGCGAUGGUGAAGUGUACAUCCAAGCAAUGUUAUCAACCCAAACCGCACAUCUAGUCGAAGAAGGACAAGUAGAUCGUCAUUGUUUGGUUCGGGUGAUGCACUUCACUGCCAAUCAAGUUUCAGGUCGUACAAUUCUCGUCAUUCUUGAAUUGGAAAUCGUAUCUGGACCUUUGGAUGCGCGUAUUGGUGACCCACAAAACAUCGAAAAGCUCGAUGAAGCUGGAAAGUCCAACGCUGGAAAUGUCGCACCUUCUAACAACGCUCAACCAACGAGUGGCGGUGCCAAUUCUUCUGUGGUCAAAAAUGAAGGUGGCGGUGGCGGCUACGGUGCUCAAUCCAUGGGCGCUUCCAAUGCUCCAGCACGUCCUGCUCAACGUACAACAUCAGCUGGAAUCGAUAUGUCCAAGAUGCCGAUCUUCCCAAUCGAGGCUUUGUCCCCUUACCAAAACAAGUGGACCAUCAAAGCUCGUGUGACAACCAAGAGUGAAAUCAAGCAAUGGCACAAUGCACGCGGUGAAGGUAAACUUUUCAGCUGCAACUUCCUCGACGAAAGUGGCGAGAUCAAAGCUACAGGUUUCAACGAACAUGUCGAUCGGUUAUACCCUCUAUUGAAAGAAGGUCACGUUUACUACGUCUCCAAAGCAAAGGUUAAUAUCGCUCGCAAGAAGUUCUCUAACCUCUCUAACGAAUACGAAAUCGCAUUUGAUCGUGAUACGCAAAUCAGUGAAUGCGCUGAUGCAAAUGACGUUCCUGAUAUCAAGUUCAACUUUACCGCGCUUGACAACUUGGACGGUGUUGAGCCAAAGCAGACUUGUGAUGUGAUCGGUAUCGUUGAACAGGUUGGUGAAAUGACAGAAAUCACAUCAAAAGCAUCUCAAAAGCCCAUCACAAAGCGUGAAUUGACAUUAGUCGAUCAAAGUGGAAUGAGCGUCCGUUUGACUCUGUGGGGCAAGACUGCUGAGACAUACGGUACGCCAUCCGGGCAACCAGGCUGUGGUCCUGAGGAUAAGCCUGUGAUCGGCUUCAAAGGUGUCAGCGUGAGCGAUUUCGGUGGCAGAAGUUUGUCUAUGUUUACCAGCAGUACAAUGCACGUCAAUCCAGACAUUCCAGAAGCACAUGGUUUGCGUGGUUGGUAUGAUGCAGAAGGUAACAGAUUGGGCGCUCAAUCCUUCAAAACGUACAAUUCUGCUGGUCUUGGUGGAACAGGUGCUGGUGAUGGCGCAAUGUCUAACAAAGAACGCAAAACUAUCGAUCAAGCCAAAAAUGAGCAAUUGGGAAUGAGCGAGAAACCGGAUUACUUUAACGUCAAAGGUACGAUCAUCUUUGUUAAGCAAGACAACCUCUACUAUCCUGCCUGCCCCAAAGAAGGAUGUAACAAAAAGGUCACACAAAUGGAACAAUCAAGUUGGAGAUGUGAGAAGUGCGAUAUGAAUUAUGAAGCACCUCAAUAUCGCUACAUCAUCAACACAAACGUUCAAGAUCAUACCGGAUCAAUUUGGCUCAGUGGAUUCAAUGAAGUUGGUGAACAAAUGCUUGGAGCUACAGCAACUGAAUUAGCACAACUAAAGGAUAAUGGCGAUGAUGCCGCUUACAAUGAGAUUAUGGAACGUGCUUAUGGCCAUACCUGGAUCUUCAAUAUUCGUGCUAAGCAAGACACGUUCAAUGAUGUCCCGCGUGUUCGUUACAACAUCACUAGAAUGUCAUCAAUCGAUUUCGCCAAGGAGGGUGGUCAAUUGGUCGAAGGAAUCAAGAAGAUGAUGAAUUGAUCCAAUGAGUUCCCACAUGAUUCCGUCUACGUUCUGAAUUUUUCUUGUACAUUACAUCACACAUACGAUAUCUCGAUCAAACUUCUUCUCUUUCUGUUUCAUAUUUCCAAUUAAUAUGAGAAAUGCUACUAUACAAAUAAAGGGUGAAAUGGUUAUGCUGUGUUGUACAAUGUGAUCGGAUCAAAGAUCAUCAAAUUGAAAUGUAUCGG